CAAUCCUGUCUGCAAUCGUGCACUGCAGUACCACUAGGUAUGGAGAGCGGCGCUAUUCCUGAUGGCCACAUCACUGCAUCCACUACACACCCGGAUUGUGCCACCAGCAAAGCUCGUCCUCAUUCCCGGGAGGAGAGUCUCACAAGCCAGGGAGGAUGGGCCGGAGCCUGGUGUGCCGCACAUCCGCUGAACACCAACCAGUGGCUACAGGUUGACGUGGGAGCAGAGACUACUGUAGCUGGAGUUAUCACCCAGGGUAGGUCUGGAGACACCCAUCAACAAUGGGUAACCUCCUACAAACUACGCUUCAGCAGAGACGGAAGCACGUGGUCUACAUACCUGGACAAACUGGGGCGUGAGAAGGUCUUCUCUGGCAACACUGAUCAGGACACCGAAGUGCGCCACCUGUUGGACCCGCCGGUAACUGCACGUUACGUCCGGUUCUGGCCGCAGACAUGGACUGGGCACAUCAGCAUGCGGGUGGAGGUCUUGGGGCAGGACUGUACCAGUGACUAGACACACCAUGAAGACUGGAGCUUCCAUGGCUCAGAUUUACACAGUUUGAAGUUUGAAGUGAAACACCAAGCUUCUUUUACUUAUUGUAGUAUCCAACAGCAUUUAUACGUAAACAAAUGUAUAUUUCCUCCAAAGUGUUGUUUUCUCAACGUUGAUACUUAUCUCGACGAAAGUGGAGACUUCAUGAUGUCAAGAAGGAUUACUAAAUUCAUUGUUUUUGUAUGCUGGUGUUGCUGUCUGCCCCUAGUCACUACAGUGUCUGUAGAAAUAUUUUGACUGAUGCAUGCAAACAAGGAGAUGAUAAAAUACAAAAUGUAGCUACUUCAUUUGUGCACUCAGAACGUAUCAGGCAUUUAUAGUCAGAAAUAAAGCAGACUGUUCCACAGACAUAUAGGCUCUUUUAUUGCAACAUUUCUGUACACCUUAUAACAUGACUGCAGGAGUGCGGGUGUAAGAUACACCUGAACAACCCUCCAUAUCAAUGUUUUUGUACCUUGCGACGCU